GUGUGUUUGCUUCGUGGAAAGAAGAAGGCUCCGUGGUUGGUGACGAGACAGAAGAAAAUACUGCGUUCAUGUGGGACCAGCUGAAGGCCACGGGAUUGAACGAAUGGUUGUCUCGCGACUCGGGGCCUUUGACUAUUAUCUCCGACCGGGGGAAGGCUAUCCUGGCGGGAGUGCGACGUGCUAUGCCUGAAGCCGAUAUUAUCUUCUGUUGCUUCCACUUGCUCUGCAACAUCAACCAACAUUGCAAAGAACACCGUGCUCCUUGCCUCACCACCAAUGGGAAAGGCACUUGUCCUGCCACUCAACCAUUCUUCUGGCAAGCACAGUGACUUUGCGCCGAUUCGAAGAUGCUAUGGCAAACCUGAAAGAGCACAACCCAGUGGCACAUGAUUACCUCAAUGCUAUAGACCAUAAGUGUUGGGCAAGGUAUGCGCAAUGCAAAGAGCCAAAAGAUGCUUCUGGCAACCGAGGAUCUUACAUCUGGACUUAUGGAAUACGAUGCAACAACAAUACUGAAAGUGAAAAUGCAAGACUCCGUCAUAAUCUGUCCAGAUCAUCUGAUCCAUUGAGAUUUUUCCAGAUUCUGUCGAAUACCCCUUCCGUUCACUGCCAACUGAUUUUCCUUUGAGUAAAGAUUUACCGG